GGCGCUCGGUUGGUGCGUCGGGAGCGCAGCUUCGGCCGGCGCUGGCACUGCAAGGGAAGUCGGGCGCCGCGCGCCAGAGAGACCCCGAGCGCUCGCGUCUUCCUCGCCGCCGCCGCCGCUGCUGCUGCCAGCAUGUCUUCCAACUCCAGCCUCAGCACCAUGCAGCGCCUGGUGGAGCAGCUGAAACUGGAGGCCGGCGUGGAGAGGAUCCGGGUGAGCAGAGCAGAGCUGCUUAGCUGGCGUCCUGAGAGCCGGACGCGCGGCGGCUCCAUUUGCUCUCCAGACCCCGAGGCGUCCUUUGUCCUCGGUAUAGUGGAGGGAGGAGACAUCGCUCUCCCAUCGCCGCUCCUUCUAGAGGAGCUGAAUCGCAAGUCAGGCCGUCGGGGAAUGGGGAAGCUUUGUGUCCUUUUCCGAUUGCACAGAGGGGCAGGGGCAUCUUCCUCGGCCUGCAACAAAACGCGCACUUUCGCAGCUGGCUUUUGCAGCGCUGGGCGAGAGGCCGUUCGCUGGCUCGUUCAGAGCCAGACCGGGGGGGGGGGGUCUCAUCUGACAAAAAUGGGGCUUUAUUUGGCGUCCUUAACUGAUAAGAGUUAGGCCUCCCUCGGCUUGCUUCCAAGGGUUUUUUGUGUUCGUAGCGUUUUUUAUUUUCCUCUCUUGCUGCUAGUUUAAAAAUAAAUAAAUGGGCGAGGUAUCUUGGUUAGUUUUCCUACUAUGAAUGGCCAGAUUGCUAAACGUGGAUCUAACGCUGGUGUUUAUUUGUACUGGAUAUUGCUAAUUAACUUGCUGGUAUGCGUUGGGCACAUGGAAACUUUUGAUGUCUUUUUAGCGCACUGUUAAUUAUCUGACUGUUUAUCAGUGUUUUAUUGCUUUGAACGAACAGCUGUCAGUGUUCUACUGUAGUUUUGUGCUGAACUAUUUAAUUGGUUGUGGCCAUUGCAUUUAAAUCUUAUAUUUUGUGAAAUCCUCGGGGCACAGAAUAUUUGUGGGAAAUGCUGAAAAUUGACAGAUAAAAAUGGUUUAAUCUUCGGCAACCCUUGCGAUCAUAUGUUUGAGAGAAUGUGCGACUGAAGCCCAUUCUAAACCAUCUCAUAAAUUCUGUAGCGUUUAAGGAGGUUUAGAGUUAUACUUUUCAUUUCUGGCAGCAGCUGAGCUUAAGGCUUUUGCCUGGUUGCUAAUUCUUUUGGCUGCCACUCUGGCUCCGCUAUUUGAAAUACGCCUUUGUUCCCAAAGAGGCGCACUGUGGAUAGUAGGAAUGAGAUGUGGCGCCCCCUAAUUUGCGAUCACAGAAGAGGCUUGCAGUGUUUUGUCAACAGGAAUGGCCUUUGUGUAAAUGCCCUCUUGAGUGGAUACUUUCACAGGCUCAGAGAGCUUUUAUUAGACCAGCUCUCCCAUGGAAUUACAAGAACAAAAACCAGAAAGCAAACUUUUCAAAACUGAUAAUAAAACAGGACAAAGGAAUAGACUGUGUCAAGUUGGAUGGGAGCACAUCAGUGACACAAAAUUGAUUCAAAGAGAGGAUAAUGACAGCUAGGAGCAAAAUCCUAGCCUUGCAGUUUGCUUGGUAAUAUUAACCAAUUUCUGUAAAUCUAAUUGAACUCUGAAAAGCACUCUCUCUUUCUCAGCAGCAUCUAAAAAGAGAAGACUUCAGCCUUCCCAGUGUGGUGCCUUUCAGAUAUUUUGGACUCCAGUUCCCAUCAUGCCUGACCAUUGGAUAUGCUAGUUGGAACUGAUGGGAAUUGUAAUCAAAAACAUCUGAAAGGUACCAGAUCCUGAAAGGCUUGUUUAGGCUGCGUAUCUGUUUACUAAAUUCAGCAGGGUUCUCCAACACAUAGCUGAUAGGUUUUCAGUCCUGUUCAGAGUUGUACCCCUACUUAGUUUUUAGUCCUGUCGAACAUGGUUGAUACUACUGGGUCACACAAACAUUAGCCCCAAUGUUUCCUGCUGUUAGUUUGCAACAGCUCUUCGGGGUCUCAGAGAGAGGUGAGUUCUUUUGCUAUACAAAGGGACCUUGGCCCCUUAGGGAGGUUUACUUCCAAGUAGACAUGCCUAAGUUUUCAAACACAUUAUUUACUUGAAUAAAACAGGAAGUAGAGAGUCAGUUCCGAGUUAUGUAUCAGGGUGAGACAGGGUAGUGGACUUUGUGGGAAUGAUCCUCCAUUUGAUUAGGAAUUUGAUGGCAUUCUGGUGCUUUAUUUACUUCCGCCUUCUGCAAAGUUUACUUUUUAGCAGCAGAUCCCAGAAAUCUCGAAAGCAGCUGUAUCUUUGUUAAGUUUUGCCUACAGUGCUGAACCUUACACAUCAGCCUCUGCAUACAAUGGGACUUACUCCUAGGUAAAUCAGCACAGCAGUUUUUGCCCUCUGGGUGUUUCGGGAGUAAGUCCCAUUGAAUUCAUAGAAUUGUACUACAUGGCAUUCAGUCACACAGUACUUCAAAAGAGGGUACUCUGCUCCAGAUAGUUUCAAAAAUCCAUACUUUUUUCAGAGAAAUGGAUAAAAUGGGGAUACGAACAGUAGCACAUUUGGGUUUUGAAGCUUUAAAAGAGACAAUCCAAAUGGAGUUGAUGCACGACACUUAUAUUUUACUGCUUAUACCUCCAUUUUGAUUUCUGAGGAAAUCAGGAAGGCGUGAGGAAAACAGGAAGGCAAAACCACUUUUAAAUGCUCUGUUAACACGUAAACAAGCUCUAAAGAGAUUCUGAGGAAGUGCUAAGAAUGCCCCUUGUCUGAAACCCUGGAGAGCCACUGGCCAGUCAACCUUGGGUCCCCCAAGUGUUUUUGGACUACACAUCCCAUCAUCCCUGACCAUUGGCUAGGCUAGCAGGGGAUGAUGGGAGUUGUGGUCCAACAAUUCUGGAGACCCAAGGUUGAAGGACACUGGCAAUAGUGAGCUAGAAAAACCAAUGGUCUAACUUCGUACAGGCAUCCCCCCCACAUACACACUUGUGCACGAUCGAUGGAAAAGAGACUGGAGGCGAAGCAGGGCUUUGUUUAGACUGCUCAGCCUCCCUGCCAAACAGCUGAUGUGUGUGGUAGCGCAGCAGCUGCUGCCUUCCUGCUCUUCCUCCAGCCUCCUGCCAGUCCCAGAGCUUCAAUUCCAGUUGUAGGUAUUUUUGGUACAGCAUUUUUGAUUUUUGGAGAGUAGCAUUUUGGAGAAAGAGCAGCAGAGAGGGUCUCCCCACUUACGCGAUUUUCACUUAUGCACAUGGGGUGCCGGAAUGUAACUCCCGCAUGAGUGAGGAGUCGCUUGCAUAAGGCAGCUUCCUAUGUUUAGCUUGAACUGUUGUCAGUGGUAUAUUCAGCUGCUCACCCAUGCUAUUCAUGGUGCACAAUGAAUGCUGGGCCCAGCCUCUUAUUUCUGCAGGCACGUUGGCAUGGAAGUGCUGCUGUAAUCUGUGUGUUUUGCCGACUUAUUAAUAAAUGCACCUUCCACUCAGAGGUUUUUGUGCCCCGGGGAUGCUGAGAUGUCACAAACUCAGCUUUAAUUUGGCCUGGCAGGAUGAUGUAGAAUAAGGCGGUCAUUUGCUUUUGAAUAGGCCGCUGGGAAAGUGGAACUGCCUGUAUCUGCACAACUAGGUUGUAGUAGUCAGGAGGAGGAUGUAGUUGUCUUUUUUUAUUAUUAAUCAUUUAUAUAUAGUUCAUUAACAUGAAAUAUUCAUUGGUUGACUCACAAGCACAAUCCCAUCUCGCCUCUGCCCCUUGUUUCUGUUUCUCCUUCCCAACUGUCAAACUUCAGAUGGCGAGCUCCGUGGGGCAGAGACCUCCCUGUGCUCAUGAUCUCUGUAGGAAUCCCAAGUACACCAGGGCUGCUGUGUAGAUAAUGAUGAAAUAAGAAAUACAGUGGUACCUCGGUUUACGAACUUAAUCUGUUCCGCAAGUCCAUUCUUAAACCGAAACUGUUCUUAAACUGAGGCACGCUUUCCCUAAUGAGGCCUCCCGCCGCUGGUGCCCUUCCACCGUUCGGAUUCCGUUCUUAGACCGAGGUAAAGUUCGCAAACCGGAACACUACUUAUGGUUUUGCGGAGUUCGUAAACCGAAUAGUUCGUAAACAGGGCUGUUCUUAAACCAAAGUACCACUGCAAUUUAAUGAACAGUGUACUUCUUGCUGUUCUGUGGAAUGAGAUUUUAUUACAGGUUAACUCUCACUUUAGGAAGAAUUUGGGCGAUGGAAUUUAAUAAGCCAUUGGGUAAAUUUUUUGAAUUCUGACUGGAGGGUAUGCGCCAUGUCACUGUAGCUCACGAGGAAACAGAACGACAUAGAUUGUGAUGUAAAUGACACAGAAGAUCUCCAUGAAUUCUGAUGUGAGUCCACACAGGCAUUUGACUAUAAAAGCAAGCUCUCCCUGCAGAAAAGCUGGAUGCAAUGAGACAUGCUCAUUUCUUGUGCUAUUGGUUUAUUUUUAUUUUUGGAAAAACACCUAUUCAACUAUUUUCAUAUAAAACGAAUUCAAGGUGUUGGAAUAGAAGGGAGGGGAGGAUUUUUCCCUACCACAAAUUUCCAAAGCUUUACAUUUGCCUUGUAUUAAAAUUUAAUUUCCUCCAAUACCUGCGCAAAGUUCAGCCAGGUACAAAGCAGUAAAAUAAUUUGCUAAUCAGUGGAGCACACCACACACUCUCCUUCUGCUAACCUUUUUGCAGCUAAAAUGCAGCCAUCUGCUAAGAGAUUCAGACAGAGCUUGAGGGUUAUUAAUUUAUUUUCAGCGUGCUCCAGGGACUUUGCCACCUGCUCCCAAGCUAACACAGUUAAGGCUUGUCUUUUGUCCUCGUAAAAAGCUACAGCUCCUACCCUUAAUGGGGCAAUGUUCUGGAAACUACAGCACUAAGGUAGGAUUUAGUGGUGUUCCUUAUCUCGCUUGGUGCUCCUCCGAUGAGGACCAGAAUAUGUGUGAAAAAGAAAAUGCUAUUUCAUUUAUUACGGUAGUCACUUUUUUCAAAAGCUGAACUCAAUGCAGCUUUUAAAAAUAAUGAUUAAAGCAGAAAUAAAACAAGAAUAAAACCAACCUAAAAUACAAUAUGCAUAAAAAUAAGCAAAGACUAUAAAAUUGCAAUGCCUUUUUAUACCACGGACAUUGGAAGCAUCCCAAAUCCAAUAUGAACAGGCUUUGUACGUCCCAAACAGAAUUCCCAGAGUUCCCUUUAGCUUUUAUAGCCAAUGACAUUGUUAGACCAAUUCUGGUUGGGUAUUUUUGUCAUUCUUUCCAUUCCCAGCACUCAGGCUGCAGGUGCCGUUGCUUAUUGUAGCCAAAAGAAGCACCACUGGUGCAAAAGAGGGGAGGUAUCAGCAGGCUUGGGUAAACCCUAACCUUUGCAGAAGGUUGGGGGCGGGGCAUGUAAGAGAAACCCGUGAAGACUGAGCAUGCUCAGUGGCCGCAGAAUGUUGACUGGCUGUUUGGCAGGGGAGAUGAAAAACACGGAGGCGGAAUAAAAUGGAGUGGUUGCAUUUUUUAUUGCAAACCUCAACUCUUGUCAGAGGCUAUUAGGCACAAAAGCUAAAUUCAAUAUCUCUGUAUACCUCUGACUGUUAGGUCCUGGGGAGAACAGGGAGAGCUAUUGCCUUCAUACCCUCUUUCUGUACUUCGUGGAGCCAUCUGGCUGACCUCUGUUGAAAACAGGGUGCUAAACUAUAUGAAUGGCAGGGCUCCACUUGCAUUCGAUGGUCUCGCAGCUGUUCAAGCUGCAGGAGCCCUGCCAGGAAUAAACAGGCAAACUUACUUAGCCUUCAGGCAAACUUACUUAGCCUUACUUAGCCUAACUAGUCCUAAGCAUCUAUCUUAGGACUAGUUAGCAUCUAAAUCUAUCUAAAUAACUGUCAUUAUGUUCUGCAGCAAUAAAAUCCGCAGGUAAUUAUUACACGGUGUACAAGGAAAUAACACCUCAAACCUAUUGCCUUUCAGUUUCCAUGAAUGACAUUCAGGUUUUGCAUCUUCCAUUUGCAGUGAAACAAUGUCACGGCGACUUCUAAAAAAGAACCCUCUGUUACGUUCUCCUGUGUUUUUCUCUCUUCCAGGUCUCUCAGGCAGCUGCAGAGCUUCAGCAGUACUGUAUGCAGAAUGCUUGCAAAGAUGCCUUGCUUGUGGGCGUUCCUGCGGGAAGCAACCCAUUUCGAGAGCCCAGGUCCUGUGCGUUGCUCUGAAGACAGGUAUGGUGAUCCUUGCAGAAGCUUGCAUCUCUCUUAAGAGCACAGGGCAGGAUCUAAUGAACUCUGGAGGACAUGAAACUAAAUAGACAAGUUUGGGGGCUUCUGUUUCCCAAAAUAGCAGGCACACCCAAAUUGCUGCACUGCAAAACAUGGGUGUAGCCAGGAUUUUUGUGGGGGAGCGGGGCAGAACUGAUGUGAUUGGUCAGUUAGUUAAAUAUUUCUAUUGUUUUACUUGAUCUGGGCGGGGCAGCUGCGCCCCCUCCCCCCGGCCAUGCCCAUGCUGCAAAAUACCUUUAAAGUUACAGAAACCAUUGCAAAAUACUUUUUGAGUUACAUAAACCAUUUGUAAUGUGGCACAAGCAGUUGCUGAUC